CAGAAUUCAGUAAUGUUAGAGUGUUAGAAUGUUCACCUACUAAUAGAGAACAUGAACUGGGUUUAUCUGUCAUGAGACAGAUCAUUGAUAAAGCAUUAUUCACCAUUAAUAUAGAAUAUGAGCUGGGUAUAGACCGUCGUGAGACAGUGCUAUUGCAAUUGUUUAUCAUUAAUAUGGAACAUGAGCUAAAUGUAGAUUAUCGUAAGAUAGAUAUAGACUGUUAUGAGACAGGUUUAGUUUUACUUACUGAUGGAUAUGGGCAAUAUGAAUUAAGUGAAACUGCGAAUGACUUAUUAUAA